CAGUCAGCCUGGGCUUCUGCCCCCCACCACCCUACCGGGAGCCGGAACCCUCCGUAGCCGAACCUCCUUCCUGCCCCCUGGCUUUGGACAUGAGCCUUCGGGACUCCGGCUAUAGUGUGGCCCCUGGGCCCUGCGUGGUGGCCCAGUUGCCCUCUGAAGACAUGGGCCACUUGACAGACCCCCAGAGCCGAGACCACGGCUUCCUGCGCACCAAGAUGAAGGUGACCCUGGGAGACAGCCCCAGCGGAGACCUUUUCACCUGUCAUAUCUGCCAGAAGGCCUUCACAUACCAACGCAUGCUGAAUCGCCACAUGAAAUGCCACAACGAUAUCAAGCGUCACCUCUGCACAUACUGUGGGAAGGGCUUCAAUGACACCUUUGACCUCAAGAGACACGUCCGAACCCACACUGGUGUGCGGCCCUACAAGUGCAGCCUGUGUGACAAGGCCUUCACCCAGCGCUGCUCCCUGGAGUCUCACCUCAAGAAGAUCCACGGUGUGCAGCAGAAAUAUGCCUACAAAGAGCGGCGGGCCAAGCUGUAUGUGUGCGAAGAGUGUGGCUGCACGUCUGAGAGCCAGGAGGGCCACGUCCUGCACCUGAAGGAACACCACCCCGACAGCCCGCUGCUGCGCAAGACCUCCAAGAAGGUGGCCGUGGCCCUGCAGAACACUGUCACUUCCCUGCUGCAGGGCGGCCCCCACCUCUGAGAGGCACGAGCCCCGAGCGUGCUCCAGGAGGCCCUGAGAGGGUCCAGGUUCGCCUCCCUGCUGCCCAGCCAGGCCACCCUCUUACUGAACACUUGUCUGAACACUUGUGAUCAAGACUGGAGUCCCUGUGCCUUGGUCUCCCCCUCAGGCACGCAUGCUCAGUCAGGCCGGGCAAUGACCUCUGCUCAU